UACCCCUAUGACCGUACAUCAGUUGAUGCUCCGCCAUGCAUGCACACAUGAGUUCUCGGAUGUUGGGCCAUGGGUAACGGUCCGAGGUUCCUGGUCCUCAACGUCGUCCGUUCACGGCGUUACGUAUGAAUUCGACCAGCCUUUGUUGCACGGCAACUUGGGGCAUGCUUAUCAGCGGCGAUCUUCUAUGGUAUGAAAUGCUCGUUUAUCGAGCAUCAGUUCCAUUGGGCGGGGAAAGCUUGUAAUCAACCUUGACAUAACUCGUAGAAGUUCUCCCGCAAUCCUGCUUGCAUUUGGAAGAGCUCCUCCACGCGACAAACGCGGCGCCUGUUGUUGACCUCACCGUUUGCCACAUACUUCAAUCUCGGCGUAACGGGUAUCGUCUUCCAUUUGCGGUAUCGGAAGAAUCGAUGAGGUGACCGAAAAGGACAUGAAGAUCGGGUGUAAUGGUAACUUCAAGGCGUCGCGCUCGCAUACGUCAGGAGGACUCGGCGAUAACGGUUGACCGCGAGCUAAGACGGGGAAGAAACCUUCCACACAAAUCCGGACAAUCUUUACGCAGACGAUCCGAAUGCUCCGUAGACAAUACGUAAAAUCGCGCGUCCACAUGCGAUGCUCCCGAAGAUGCGCGGCGGCGUUGUGGUGGAAACACAUGCUCCUUGAUCACGAUGCACGGAGCGUCUCCGAGCAUGUAAUUUGCCAUGCUGUCCCCAUGCGACCAACCCGAGCGGAAGGCCGCACCGCGGUACUGAGCCAGCAGUUAUUCAAAGAAGCCAGCGCCAUCCUGGCUCAGUUGACUCUCCUCUGCAUUGUCCUCGUCCAUGGCGUCACGUACCUGAACUCGGAUAGGUCAGUGAGUACGUCAAAUGAUGCUGAAUCGGAGAAAGCUAGGAGCGUCCCGUUGAACUUGGCUAUGUUCGGAGGAAGCUCCGUCCCGAAAGUAGCGAGCACAAACCCACGUUCUCAUACGGACUAUCAAACGAUUCAAUGGAUUCAGAUGCGACGACACGGCUUUCACGACCCGAUGUCCGGACGGAGACGGUGGACCACGGCCGGAGAUAUGCGCUGAUACACAUAUGACGCGCCAAGUAACUGGUGCCGUGGAGAUCCCAUGGCAGGGAAACUUCCGAGACGGAUGGAGCGGCCGUGCAGCUCUGCGGAAAGCGAGCAAAGUGGCC